AACCCAAAAAUGAUAAAAAUUAGCGAGAGAGAGAAAGCAAAGUGAUAUAGUUAACCAGGGUUAGUUAAUUAACCCUAGAAAGGCAUGGCAAUUGAGUUAAAGAACGUUUCUUCGAGGAAGGAGACAAAGCUGAAAGGUAAAAAGGAAAAGAAAGAAAGAGAAAGAUAUAGAAAAAGAAUGAAGCUUUCCUGUGUUUAGGCAACUGAGUCAAUCUGGACGAUUCUUGCCUCCUUUUACACUUCCCCUGAUUCCUUCCCUUUAUUUGACUCGUCUAUUCCGAUUCUUGAAGUAACUCGGGAUUAAUUUAAUCGAGAAGGCGGGUAAUCGAGAUUUCUUCGUACCCUUCCUUCAGAUCUCGAUAUCCGGGUUUUGAUUCAAAUCUGGGUUCUUAUUUUGCAGUAGCUAGCUUUAGACUGGUUUGUCUAAGUUCUGACCAUUUAAAGAAUGUUUGGGUUUUUCCGGGUUUCCUACUGUAUAUGGCUAUUAAAAAUGGCUCGUUCAAUGAAGUAUAGGGAUAGAUCUUUAUGUUCUAUCGAUUUGGUUCUGUUUUUUUAUUCUUUUUAAGUUUUUGGGUUGGGUUUUUAGUUUUGGUUUCUUUGGUUGAUGAUUGUUGGUGAAUUGGAGUUUUUUCUUGUUCAUCUGCUAUUGGCUUUGGAGUUCGGGGUCUUCUUGGAGGGGAAUAAGCUCUCUUCCAUUGUUGCCUCUGCCUCCAGUUGCCAGGAAAGCAGUGAUUGGUUUUUCUUGACUUUUCAUGUCUCGUAAAUUGGACAGUCCUGUUCAGACUCAGAUGGCAGUGGCAGUGUUUAAAAGUCCUCUUAGAGGGGAAUAUCCUAGGAACAAUGGAAUGGAAGGGAGACAACCUUCUUGGAGGAGACGGGUUUUUGUGCAAACAGAGACUGGUUGUGUCUUGGGCAUGGAUUUGGAUCGCAGUGACAAUGCUCAUACAGUUAAAAGAAGGUUGCAGGCCGCCCUUAAUUUCCCCACAGAGCAAAGCUCGCUGACUUUUGGGGAUGUGGAGUUGAAGAAUGAUCUUAGUGCUGUACGGAAUGAUUCUCCACUUCUCCUAACACGGAACUAUCUACAUAGAAGCUCCUCAACACCUUGUCUUUCGCCUACUGGAAGGGAUCUUCAGCAGAGAGAUAGAAGUGGUCCUAUAGAGAUACUGGGGCACUCUGAUAGCUUUGACAUAUUAAAAGUUGUGGUGAAGGACAUUGUUAAGGCAAUUAAAAUGGGUGUUGAUCCACUUCCUGUUCAUAGUGGUCUGGGGGGUGCCUACUAUUUUAGGAAUCCUAGAGGUGAGAGUGCUGCAAUUGUAAAGCCCACAGAUGAAGAACCUUUUGCACCAAACAAUCCAAAAGGCUUUGUUGGGAAAGCCAUUGGACAACCAGGUUUGAAACGUUCGGUUCGCGUAGGGGAGACUGGUUUCAGAGAAGUUGUGGCUUACCUUCUGGACUAUGAUCAUUUUGCGAAUGUGCCACCGACAGCGCUAGUGAAGAUUACUCACUCGGUCUUCAAUGUCAAUGAUGGCGUGAAUGGACAUAAGCAUCACAAGAAGAAUCUGGUUAGCAAGAUUGCAUCUUUCCAACAGUUUAUACCUCAUGAUUUUGAUGCUGGUGAUCAUGGACCCUCAAGCUUCCCUGUUUCUGCUGUGCACCGCAUAGGGAUACUUGAUAUACGGAUAUUUAACACGGACAGGCAUGCAGGAAACCUUUUAGUGCGGAAGCUUGAUGGCAUUGGGAGGUUUGGUCAGGUAGAACUCAUUCCUAUUGAUCAUGGCCUUUGCUUGCCGGAAACUUUGGAGGAUCCAUACUUUGAGUGGAUGCAUUGGCCUCAGGCUUCGAUUCCUUUCUCCGAGGAUGAACUUGAGUACAUAGAAAAGCUAAAUCCUUUUAAGGAUUGUGAGAUGCUGCGGAGGGAACUUCCCAUGAUACGGGAGGCUUGUCUCCGUGUUCUGGUACUCUGCACAAUUUUCCUUAAGGAAGCUGCAGCUUUUGGUCUGUGUCUUGCUGAAAUUGGUGAGAUGAUGAGUAGGGAAUUUCGGAGUGGAGAAGAGGAACCUAGUGAGCUAGAGGUUGUUUGUCUCGAGGCGAGGAGGUUGGUAGCAGAGAGGGAGCUGUCAUCUCCUAAGUCUGAUGUGGAAGAUGCUGAAUUCCAGUUUGAUAUUGACUGUGAGGAACCAGAAUCAGACUUAACCCCAAAAGUGGCUACAGAUGAUUUUAUGACCAGAUCACCAUUCCAAUUUGGAAAUGGAUUUGUGAAUAACCGUUUUCCACUUUCAAAGCUGGAGGAAUGCUUUGAGGAAGAUGCCGAAAGUGAAGGAGAAGCAGAGCAGGAGGGUUUUUCUGCUUUCAAAGCUCUUGAAAGGAUCCCAUCCAUUUCAAAGCUUUCGAUGUCACUUAAGGAUACGAGCAUAGGUGACAAGAGCCAGAAGUAUUCAAAAAUUUCUGGAACAAAACAAGAGAAUGGAUAUCUGACUAGCUCAUACGGGCAUAGGAGUGCAAAUGAGCAGCUUCCUGCAAGUGUGGGCUUUGUGAAGCUGGGUGACAUGAACGAUGAGGAAUGGGCCUUCUUCUUGGAGAAGUUUCAGGAGUUGCUCCACCCGGCAUUUGAUAUACGUAAAUCCGAUAUCUUAGGUCAGAGGCAGAUACAGAGGCUUGGUACUUCUUGCCAGUUUUGAGAUUGAGGUGCCGGUAUAUUGACACCAGAGAGUUGAGUUCGACUUAAUAUGAAAUAAGACUUUGUAGGUUUGUUGGGACUUGCGAUGAAGGAUUGUUAGGAUAGAUUCAGUAUAGGCUUUUGCCCCCGGUAAUGUUGUUGUUUGGGAGCAGCUGUAGUAGGAAUCGCUGUAAAUAUUCUUUGGUUUCAUCAGCCAAGUGGAGAGCUGAGUAGAAAUGUAGAAUUGGUUGUAUUUCUUCUUGAAGCUUUUAGCUUUGAUUUUGUUUAUCCGCCUUCUUUUCUUUCCGUUAUGGACUUUGAUAAAUAAUUUGUAGAUUGGAGUAUAAAAAAGAAUAUUUGUGUAAAUAUGGACGUUUCAUUGU